ACAAAAGGAAAAAGGACGCAAUCAAAUUAUGAAGUUUUAGAUAUGGCUCCAGUGGAAGAAGAGUGUUUUAGUGAUUCAAAGAAAGCUAAGCUAUUGACACCGAAAGCUAAUAAGGCGAAGAUAAGAUAUGCUAAUACAUACAGACUGGAGUCACGUAAUAAAUUUCGGGAUUGUUUAGUAAGAGACAAAGCUCAAGCGAUACUAAUGAACAGACUUCAACAACCCAAAUACGAUGGAGUUUCUAGUCCCUCCUUGUGUGCUUCAAUCUCAGAAGAAAUACUAAAGGCUGUGAAGGAAUUGGACUUGAAGUAUGUGGUAUCAGUACUAAUUGUGGAAAAGGCAGGUCAGGCAAUACAUGUUGCCAGCAGAUGGGUCUGGGAUGUUCAGAGAGACACUUGGGUUUCCGCUAAAUGUGAAACUGAAACAUUUGUUGCACUGGCUUUGGUAAUGGCUUGUUAUUAUGAGUAA